AUUGUUUUUAUUUAGUGAUAAUGUAUUGAAAUUGUUGGAAAUUUAUUAAAAUAGAUCAUUUAUCAUGCGAAAAAUAAAACUUGAUAAUUGUUCAAUACAGAUUUUAUUUCAGUAAAAAAAAUUUUAUAUGACGACGUGAAUGUAGUUGUGAUAAAAUUGUUUAUUGUUUUCUGAGUAAAGUAAGAGAGUAUGAUUAUCCAUGUUUCCAAUUUAUGCAAAGCAGCUAUAAAUAAUAAAAUAAAAUCACCCAACAAAAAAUAAAAUAAAAGUUAGUUAUAAUUUUAUUUUGUCACAUUUUUUAUUUGAAAUAUAAAAUAAAUAUUAGAUAUCGUCAACCGGAUUAACAACUAUUCAAAGAAUUUUUAAAAUAAAAUGUGCGAUUCAAACGCAGUCCAAAAAUGGGUUUGUGAAUAUUGUACGUACGAAAAUUUCCCUCAAUCAUUGAAAUGUACGAUGUGCAAAGGCCUGAAACCACUACUUAAUGAAGACAUAUUUCGAUUAAGCCCACCCCAGCCAAAAAUUCAACAAAAUUAUUCAGGUUUAGUUGAAGCUUCUAGUUUAAGUUUAUCCCAAACAAAUAUUAACGCAUGUGGUCAAUCUACAAACCCGGAUGCAAUGAAAAAUAAAUGGUCAUGUCCAUCAUGUACAUAUCUUAAUUGGCCACGUAGCCAACGUUGUGUACAAUGUAAUACACGUCGUCCACCUAUCACUUCAAUUCAAAAUUCUAAUUCAGAUGAAACUGUAAAUAAUAUCGAAAACGUUAAUUUAACUAUGACUUCGUCAUCAACAUUGCAAACUGUUUCCAAUACUAUAACGACAACAACAAUAUCCAAACAACAACAAAAUUAUCAACAGGAAAAUCAAAUUUCCUCAAAAAUUUGUCAAUCUGAUGAACUAUCAUUAUCACCCAAAAAUAUAUCAUCAACUAACAAGAAUGGUCAUUAUACAAACAUACAUGAACAAUUGAAAAAUUUAAAUAUAUCAGAGAAUAAUGUAGGCUCUGAUCCAGAUUUAGUCGCUAGUAAUAAUUUAAAUUUAGCUUCAAGCAACAAAUAUUCAAUAUCAUCUCAAAUGAAUAGUCCAAUUGGUUCUAUAACCAAUUUAGCCAGUUCUAGAAAUACAUCUAAUUUACCACCAUCAAUAGGAGCGGUUAGUAAUCGUAUAAGUCCAGUUGAAACUCGUACAUAUACUAAUAAAUGGGCUUGCACGGUAUGUAAAAAUAUGUGUACUUAUGAAAAUUGGCCAAAAAGUUUAAAAUGUUCUAUGUGUGGUCAUUCAAAAGAAAAUAAUAGUGAUAUUAACGAACGUUGUAACUUCCUAAAUAAUAGAUUUCCGGUUGAAAAUGAAGAAAAUAACGAUUCGAUCGGACGAAAUACCAUGUCAAACAAUACAGUAAAUAACAAACAUAGGUACCAACUAGGAUCUUCAGAAACAAUUAACAACUGUGAUAAUAUACAAGAGAGGCAAGAGCGUCGUCAAAGACAAAUUAGACGUCAAGUAGAUUGGCAAUGGUUAAAUGCUUGUUUAGGUGUUGUUGAAAAUAAUUAUAGCGCUGUAGAGGCAUAUUUAUCAUGUGGUGGAAAUCCCGCGCGCUCAUUAACUAGUAAUGAAAUAGCAAUAUUAAACCGUAAUUCAGCUUUCGAUGUAGGACAUACACUGAUACACUUAGCUAUACGUUUUCAUCGUGAGGAAAUGUUACCAAUGUUAUUAGCUCAAAUAUCUGGAGGACCAGGUAUAAAAAGAGUUCCUUCGUUUAUAGCACCAGACUUAGCAUCAGACAUUCGCCGUCAUUUUGCAAAUUCGUUAAGAAUACGUAAAUCUCCUUUUAAUUGUCAUUAUGUACAUGAGCAUGCAACUUUUGCCUUGCCCGCUGAUAUUGAAGAGUUACCGAUACCUAUUCAAGAACAGCUUUAUGAUGAAUUAUUAGAUCGCGAUGCUCAAAAACAGUUAGAAAAUCCCCCACCUGCAUUAAAUUGGUCUCUAGAAAUAACGGCGCGACUUGGUUCUCGUUUGUUAGUUCUGUGGAAUCGUAGUGCUGGUGAUUGCCUAUUAGAUUCUGCAAUGCAAGCCACUUGGGGUGUAUUUGACCGUGAUAAUGUUCUUCGCAGAGCUUUGGCAGAUAGCUUACAUCAAUGUGGACAUAUAUUUUACCCAAGAUGGAAGGAAUAUGAAAUGUUUCAAGCUGCUAUAUUACAUUUUACUUUGGAAGAAACGCAAUGGGAAGAAGACUGGGCAUCCUUAUUAUCAUUAGCUAGCCAACCAGGGUCUUCCUUGGAACAAUUGCAUAUAUUUGCAUUAGCGCAUAUCUUAAGGCGACCAAUUAUAGUUUAUGGAGUUAAAUAUGUAAAGAGUUUUAGGGGAGAAGAUAUAGGUUAUGCUAGGUUUGAAGGUUUAUAUUUGCCCUUGUUAUGGGAGCAAAGUUUUUGCAUAAAGUCUCCAAUUGCUUUAGGAUAUACUCGUGGUCAUUUUAGUGCAUUAGUUCCAAUGGAACCUUAUGCUAGAAUAGAAGCAAGUCGUGAUGAACCAGAAGAUGUUACAUUUUUACCUCUAAUGGAUUGUGAAAUGAAACUUUUACCCAUCCAUUUUUUAACUCAAUCAGAAAUGGGAAGAGAAGAGACAAUAAUGCGUCAAUGGUUAGAUGUUUGCUGUACAGAAGGAGGAAUUUUAGUUGCCCAACAAACAUUGCGUAAACGUCCACUACUAGUUGCACAAAUGCUAGAAGAAUGGUUAAAUCAUUAUAGGAGAAUUGCACAAGUUAUUGCUGCACCUUUUGGAAGAAGACCAAUAACUGGAUAUUCUAGUGACGGAGAUUCAGAUGAAGAAUGAAAGAAGUAUUUAGUUAUUAGGAAGAAAAGCAAAUAAAUUUUACCUGUUUUCUAAUUGAUUGAAAAACCCUAAAAAAACUCACAAAAGAAUGAAAAAAAAAAAAAUAAACAAGGAACUAUUUUAAAAAUAAUUGUAGAUAAGUAAAAUUAUUAUUUCACAUUUUUCUGGUAAAAGAAAAACGAAAAACCAAAUAUGAUUAAUUAUUUAAAAAGGGUGUUUUAUAUAUUUUAUUUAAUUAUUCAUUUUCCACAUUUUUUUCCAACAAUUUUAAUACUACAAAAAUAAAUAUUGUAAAUGAAAAGGUUUAUAUAUGUAUUAUACAUAUUUGUUUAAAUAUAGAUAUACAUAUAUAUACAUAUGUACGU